AAGCCUAGCCUAUGAGCGAGACUACUAUAAGAUUGCCCUCUCUCUCAUCCUCUCUUCCUCUUUCUUUCCCUCUCUAAAACGCCGGCCCCAGCCCUUGGAUCCUCCCUCCCUCCUCUACCGCCCAUGGAUCCGCCGCCUCUCACCGCCGCUGCCGGCGGCGACUUGGCCGAUCCAUUUCCAAGCGCCAAGCUGCGACUAAUGUGUAGCUACGGCGGCCACAUAGUCCCGCGGCCCAACGACAAGUCGCUCUGCUAUGCCGGCGGCGACACCCGCAUCGUGGCCGUGGACCGCCGUAGCAUGGCGGGAAAUCUCUCCGCCCUUACGGCCCACCUCUCGCGCGCGCUCUACAACAACCGGCCGUUCCUUCUGAAAUACCAGCUGCCGAACGAAGACCUCGACUCGCUCAUCUCCAUCACCACCGAUGAGGAUCUCCAGAACAUGCUCGAAGAGCAUGACCGCUUGACGAGCUCCCCCAAGCCCGCCCGCAUCCGAUUGUUCCUGUUCCCCGCCAAGCCCGAAUCGGUCGGGUCGGUGCUCCUGGACCCGAAGGCCGAAUCCUGGUUUUGCGAUGCCCUCAAGAGCACCAAGAUCAUGCAGAGGGGGCAGUCUGCCGAUUCGGCUUUGGUUAACGGGUUGAUGGGACUCGACUGUGGGGCUCCGUCGGAUUCUUCCGUGGAGGGUCAGGUCGAGAGUUUGAAUAACAGCGGGGAGGCUCGCCAUGGCCUGGAUUUGUGUGCCGUGCCGGAAUCCAUGGUGUUGGAGACUAGUUCGUCUUUCGGGUCGACGAGUUCUUCGAUUUCUAUGUCCAAUUUGCCUCCGAUUGGGGUUCAUGGGGACGAUUCUGGUGCCAGUCUGCAGGACAAGAAGGUUAAAGUGCCCUCGCCGCGUUCAGUUGAAAGUGAUAACAGCAUUGGUUGCACUAUAUCAUAUCCACAGGCUGCAAUUUAUCAACAUCCAGCUGUUAAUGUUUCUUCUGGGGAGACCAUGGUUUCUUCUAGCUCCAUUGAAUCAGAUAACAUUAUUUGUGAUCGGGCAUCUGGACCUCAAAUGGUGAAAACUACUCAGGUUCCCUUUGCUCACGUACCCUUGCAAUCAGAGCAGACACAGCUCCAGCAAGAUGUUCGAUAUAUUCAGGCUGGUGUUCAUUAUAUGCCACAAUACUCUGCCAGCCCGGUGCCAGUCUCAUCUUACUAUCCCGUGUAUUAUCCGCCUCUGCAUCAGCAAGCACCUAGCACUUAUCAGCCAAAUCAGCCAUACCCUGUUUACGUACUGCCUGUUAGGUCAACACAAGCUUACAAUAUGUCCAUGCACUAUAAUUUAGUUGACUCUGCAACCACUGCUCCGAGUCAGCCCCAAAUGCAUCAACCUACUCCUAUAAUCACUCCUACAGUAGCUUAUAAGGAGGUCGUGGCAGCUGCUCCGCCUCCUGAAUUGGCCACAAAAGUUUACAGGGCAGCUACACCACCUCCUGAAUUGGCUACAAAAGUUUACAGGGCAGCUACGCCACCUCCUGAAUUGGCCGCAAAUGUUUAUAGGACAGUGGCGGGAGCAACCCCACUUGUGUAUGUACCUCCAAAUCAAAACCAGCAACCUUUGGUGGAUAUCUCUGAUAUGAAUCAUCCAUCGCAGCCUAUUGCCAAUGACAACAAAUAUGAGGACGACCUUGCUUAUUCUCAGAUAUACAAAACUCAGCCUUCUGAGCCUGCAUUCCUUUCACAGUACCAAACCGUGACUACUCCUGGAACAGUGCAGUUAACGGAGGCUUCAAAGUAGCCACAUGCUGAAAUUGCUAGACAGCUUACCGGGAAGGCACAGCCACAGCCGCAGUAAGCUGGAUCACUUUCAGGAUGUGGCAACCAUGACUAGGUGGAAAUACUGUUACUAGAAGCUUCAAAGCAGCAUGUUCUGGCUUCAUUGAGUGGCUCAACGCUAAUUCACAGCUGCAAUGAAGCCUUCUUGUCCUGACAGAAGCAAUUUUGCAGCACAUAUGUUUGCCCAUUUUACCUCUUCUUUUUCCAUGGUUCUUCAUUUGUUGUUUAUGUUGUGUGUCUGAAAAUACGCACCUGGAUUAUCUUUUUCUUUUUGGAUGUGUUUUGACUAUGUUCGUUUUCUGUGUUGGAACAUGGGUUGUCUGAGAUUAUAAAGUGAGAGUUGUAUACAACAAUACAAGUAUUUGUUUGUUUGUUAAAA